AUGCAGAUUUUCGUGGAGACUCUCGCCGGCAAGACAAUCUCCCUCAAUGUCGAUCCAUCAGAGACCAUCUACAUUGUCAAGGCGAAGAUCCAGGAUCAGCAGCGCCUCACCUUCAACGGGGAGCAGCUGGACGACGGCCGCACGCUGGCCGACUACGGUAUCCGUGACGGAUCAACUCUUGGCGUCCGCCCGCAUCCACUCCAUGAUAAGAUGCAGAUCCACGUGGUCGAGACGCUGACGGGCAGGGCCAUGAACCUCGCGGUCACAAGCUCAGACACCGUCGACAAUGUCAAGGCCAAGAUUCACGGGUGGCACGGCUUCCCCAAGGACCAGCAGUGCCUCAUCUUCGCCAGCAGACAGCUAGACACUGACGGAGACAAAGGCAGGACCCUGGCGGACCUCAACAUCCGCAACAACAGCACCCUCCUCCUCGUCCUCCACAGCCCGUGCCCGAGAGGGAGUCGGAUGAACAUCUACGUGAAGACUUUACGAGGUAAAUUCUAUAAUCUUGAGGUGAGGAGCAUAGAUAUCAUCUAUAAUGUCAAGGAGAAGAUCUGGUCUACGGAAGGCAUUCCCCCUGACCAACAGUUCCUCAUAUUUGGCGGCAAGAUAAUGGAGGAUGGCCGUACCUUGACACACUACAAUAUCCAAAUGUAUGAUUCUUUAUUUUCUGCUCAACUUAAGUGGUUGAAUAUGCAUCACAUGGUUAUUGCACCAUGA